AUGACUAUGCAGCUGCUGGCUGCGUGGGUGUUGUGGUGCGCGGCCGUGGCGGCGGCGCCGGCGCCGGCGGCGGGGCGCGGCGCGUGGUCGGUGUGCCCCGAGGCGUGCGAGUGCUCGCUGGACGCGCGCGGCCGCCGCGAGGUGUCGUGCCUGCGGGGCGGCAUGGACGGCCCGGUGCCCACCGCCGACAUGGACCCGCCGCGCGUCGAGGUGCUGCGCAUCUCGGCGCCGCCGAACCAUCCCAACACGCUCACCAUCGGGCCCAUCUUCCAGCACUUCCUGCGCCUCGAGGAGCUGCACAUCACGCGCUCUCGCGUGCCCGCCAUCGGCAAGCACUCCUUCUGGGGAGUGCCCUCUCUCAGGGUGCUGAACCUGACGGAGAACAACAUCUCGCACGUGCUGGACCACAACUUCCGCGGGCUGGCCGAGCUGCAGGCGCUGCACCUGGACGACAACCGCAUCGAGUCGAUGCCGAGCGGCACGUUCCGCCACCUGCAGGAGCUGCGCGUGCUUACGCUGGCCAGGAACCGCUUCGCCGAGCUGGGCCCGCGCCUCUUCCUCAUGCUCGGCAAGCUCACAGAGCUCGACCUCAGCGGCAACCGGCUCGGAGAUCUCAAUCCUGAAGUCUUCAAGGACGUCCAGAGGCUGCGCGUGCUGCGCUGCCGCGGCUGCGCGCUGUCCAACAUGAACACCAUGGUGUACCGCCUGCUGCCCGACCUGACGCUGCUCGAUCUGGGCGACAACGAGUUCAAGUACGUGGCGGCCGACGAGUUCAGCGACCUGCGGCGCCUGCGCACACUGCUGCUCGACGGCAACCAGCUGCCGGUCGUGCUCGAGAACAGCUUCCAGCAGCAGCACGACCUCGAACACCUGUCGCUUGCGCGCAACCGCCUCGCCAAGGUCACAGCUCAGGCGUUCCAUGGGCUCUCCACCCUCAGGAGCCUUGACUUGGGCUGGAACAAGCUGGACCGUCUGGAGCCCGCGUCGUUCGUGCCGCUGACGCAGUCCCUCAGGGAGCUGGACAUAGCGGGCAACGCGCUCUCUGAGGAGAACGUGCACUACGUGCUGCAGGAGCUGCCGAACCUGCAGAACCUGUCGAUCGCGCACCUGCAGCUGCAGUCGGUGCCCGCGGUGGUGGGCGCGCUGGCGCAGCUGCGGCGCCUGAACGCCUCGGGCAACCGGCUGACACAGCUGCCGGCGCCGCCGCCGCUGCCCGCGGCGCUGCUGGAGCUGGACGUGUCGCACAACCUGCUGCGGGGCGUGCAGGAGGGCACGGUGGCGCGGCUGCUGCAGCUGCGCCGGCUGCGCGCCCACGGCAACCCCUGGGUGUGCGACGCGUGCCACGCGCCCGCGCUGCUGCGCCUGCAGGCGCCGGCCGACGGCCCGCUGGCGGCGGAGGGAGCGGGCCAGUGCGCCGCCCCCGCCGCCCUGCGCGGCCGCCGCCUGCCCGAGGUGGCGCGCCUCCACGCGCUGCCGCCCUGCGCCGCCGACGCCGACUACGACGGCGGCGGCGUCCCCGACGUGACCGGCGCGGGCUCCGCCGGCGUGCUGCUCGGCGACGAGUCGCGGCUCGGCUUCAUCGCCGUCGGCGGCGCCGUGCUGCUGCUGCUACUCACGGGAGCGGUGCUGCUGGCGGGCCUGGCGUACACACGUCACCACGCGGCCCACUACUACACGCGCGAGGAGCGGCGCGCGGCGGCAGCGGCGGCCGCCGGCAUCACCGACGUCGACGACGUCUUCGAGAACCCGGCGGCGCUGCACACCAACGGCGACGUCAAGUGCGCCCUGGUCGCCGCAGAGAAGCCGCUCGCCUCGGUCGCGACCAUCAGUAAGGAAGCCGCCGCCGCAGCCGCAGCGGCCGGCAUGCGCAACGGCACCGCCUGA